AUGGCUCCCAUGAGGGAAAUAGCCGCGUCAGAUGAUGAGGGAAGCGACUUCGACCACAUCGACAACGACGACGACGACGACGACGACGACGACGCGAUCCAAGACGCGACUGUGCAGCACAACGAAGCCCAGGAAGGACACCAAAGUCUCCAUGAUGGUAGCAACGUCUCGACGGACCUGUCCUUCUUCCAGCGCGUCUACGACGAACAAAAAGCCGUUGCAAGCGCAGGAACAUACAUCGGCACCAACGUCACGACACAAGGGCACCACCAGCCCGCCUCAAAGAACGACCAAUCCUCCUCGAUAACCGAUCCCGUACCCGCUAGCCGUCGACCGUUGAAAAGAAAGAUUGGCGAUAACAUUGUCGACCUGACCGAGUUUACCCAGGUUACCACUCCUAGAAAAAGCGGUAACGGGAAAGAAAAGACCAACAAAGGCGUAGCUACGAGUGGUACACUACAAGAAUCCGGCUCGGUACAACAGGCGGUACGCACAUACGGCAAGCGAAAGCAAGCCGAGAGAACACAGCCAAGCCCCGAAACAAAAGAUGAGAUAUCGCGGCAAUCAAUCGUUCGAAUCGACCCCUACGAGUUCCCUGACGACGGAGACGAUGACUAUACAAUCCCUUCAAUCCCCAAGAAAAAAACAAAGGCAACAGCGAAACGCGCUUCGCCCACCUCAGCCAGCAGUCUCCCCGUGGCACAUCCAAAUGCAACUCCUGAUCGCGAUGACAUCAGCUUCAUCCCACUUCCCCCGUCCGAAAAUGCACCUUCUUCCAUCGUCCAGAUCCGUAGCUACCAGAAACCAAUAUCAAGCGAAGAGAAUGUCCCGACAAGCAGCCUAUCUGCCACUGCGCCGCAGCGUCUAUACAUCGCUCCCAGUACCCUUACAGCCAGCCAGAAAGAAGAAUACAGAAUAGUCAGCUUGUCUACGCAGGGCACACAAGAUAACCUGGCCACACAAGACAAUUUGGCCCCACAAGAACACAUACCUCCAGAGUCUUCGCUACCUGCUGUACCGCCAUCAGAUCCGUAUCCACACCAAAUGUUCGGAGACGGACUACUAUAUGCCGGGGCCGGGACUGCAUACAAGUCAAGUGGCAUGACUACUGUUGUGCCCUCUAACCUCAGUGACUUCAUACGCCGCGGCAACGGUGAUGGUGCGCUGGAUGCCGCAGCGGCUGCGGCUAUGACUCUGACAUCGGGCUUGGGAUCGGGCAGUUUAGAAAUGGGGACUCCGGCGAGAGUUAGAACAACUUUUUCGGCGUCUUCUCCGGAUAUCAUUGGCGGAGCAUCGCCUGGAACUCGAAGAAGUGGAAGGAAGAGGAAGGCUAGUCAGUUCUCUGAGCAAGAUGCGACUGAGAAUAGCCCCUUGAUGCGUAGUCAACUGGCAGAGGUUCGGGAGAUGAGUGCAGAGGAGAAUGCUGAUUUCGCUCCUGGCGCAACGGAUACUCCUCAAGCGUCCGAAGUUCUCGGCAAUGAUCAGUUGCAGAAUGGACAGAUUACCGAGCAACAUACUCAUGCUACUUUGCCCAGUAGUACCGUCAGAAAGAAGAGAGGGCGAAAGAAGAAAGAAGCCGUCCAAAUGGUGACUGAAGAGGAUGCUGUCCUGGACAAUAGCUUUGAGGCUACCGAAUAUGAACAGCAAGAACAGGUCCCAGCAGCUGCUCCUGAGCCUACGGAGCUUGAACAGCCACCACCAAAACGAAGGCGUGGUCGUCCACGAAAGUCUGACGUUGCUGCCACUCAAAUGUCAACCAAGCAACCGACUCCAGCACCCGAACCGGAUGAGGGAGACGAGCUAGCCUCACCUGCACCAACAACAGGCAGAAAAGGGGGGGUUGCCAGCAACACCAACACAAGAAAACGAAAAGCGUCCGCGCCCAUCGUCAUAGACGACAGCGAAAGUGAUGGAAAUCUUUCCGAUCCACCAGAAGAGUUGUCAGAAGCUGACAAGGAAGCCGAAAAGGAUUCCAUUGAAGCAGAGCUAGAAAUACCCCCAAGUGACGAGGAUGAGGAUGAGGAUCAAGAGGAAGAACUUCCCCGUAAGCGUGGACGGCCAGUAGGAACGGCCGCGGCGGCAGCGGCACCAAGAAAAGGGAAAAGAGGAAGGCCACCAAAAAACAAGGUGCUGCAAGAGGUCUCAGCCUCUUCUGCAAGGAAGAAUAGCCGUUCAAAAUCAAAACGCCAGGCGGAGUCGGAUUCAGACGAUCAGUAUCAAGAUCAAGACCAAGACCGGAAAAAGGACCUGGAAGAGCAAGAAGAAGCAGGAGCAGUGACUGAAAAGGAGAGUAACAAGGAUGACCGGGGGGAAACUACUCCCAUUCCUGAUGCAAAGCCUCCCCGAUCUCCCGAAACUCCUACGAAAGAAGUACAUGAGGCCAAGGAUAAGGACGUCAAAAAGGAGAAAGAGGUUAUCAAGCCGACGAGCUUUUUGUCAACUCAGGGUAAAGUCAAGUACAGAGUGGGCCUGAGUAAACGGUCAAGAGUGGCGUCGUUGCUGAAGGUGGUUCCGAGGAAGCAAUGAUGAUGAGAGGGGGCCGUUUGUUUGCCAGUCAUUUAUUCUAUUGUAUGACGAUAGUAUUUGCUUGUAUAUACCACGCUGUCACAUUCACCACAAACCUACACAACUCAUAAUAAUGA